ACUAUUGAACUUUCACCACUCAACCGACAAGCAGUUUGUAAUGAUUCCAUAAUGAAAACUCAUAAUUUUUCCUUAUACAACAAAAUAUGCGUGACAUCAAGUGAGACCAUUUUUAUAGCCCUUUCCAUAUAGAACAAAAUAUAAAAAAGCAACACCAUGUGAUAAUAAAAAACAAAAUCAAAAACAAAAAAAUCUAACAAAAGAAAAAAACCCACAACAAAAGUGCCAAAGUUAUAGAACAUAACUAAAUGCGAAUAUACCAUACUACACCAGCUUCUAGCACCAUACAUUAACAAUUCUCUUAUAGUAAUAAAUAAUUUCUAAACAAUAACACCAUGGAUAACUCUAACUCUGCCACCAGUAACAACAACAAGUCACCAUCAGUUGGUUUAGGUAACUCCAACCAGAAACCACCACAACAGCCACCAACAACUCUAAACUUACGCCAAAGUCUACUUCUCGAAAAUCAGUCAGACAGUUUGGAUGGCGGCGGCGUUGACGAUCAAGCCCAACUUUUACGCACCCCCUCGUCUAGGACUAAAAAAUUCAUAAUAAUUCCAUCAACACCGCCAAUUUUAAAACACCAACAGCAGCCCCAAUUUCCUGCUGCUGCACCAAGUGAGCAACAACUGCACCAUCAUCAAGAAAGCUGUGGUCUCGGCAGGCCCAUUAGCGACGAUUUGUCGGUAGCAACACCUAGCAGCACCACCAACCCCAUCAAACUUAAUACUGCGAUCGCUAUGCAACAUCAAAGCAGUGGAAUCUCAGCAGCUAGCAAUGGAACUGCCAAUGGCAAUGCCUCAAAUAACAGCACUUGCACUUGCACCAGUCCAACAAUUGCUUCAAUCAAGUCGUCAUCGAGUCUCGGUGCUGAUUUGAGGCUUAAAACGAACCGCAAUAGCAGCAUGAGAUCGGUUGUGUCAGCUUAUUCUCCCGAUGCAGAUCAUCAUCAAGACUCCCCCACAUCAUUGUUGCGCCCUUCAACAAGUGGCAAACAGCUUAGUACAAGUUCCUACACAUACGCUGACAGUGCUGCCAGUCAGAUAUACUCUGACGUCACUUCAGUCAGAUCGUUAGCGUCGAUCGGUAUUGGAUCAACUGACGGCCGCAAAUUGGUAAUUCGAAGAGUUCCCAAUACACCGAACGAAUUGUUUAGCAUAGUAAAUCCACCAUCUCCACCACCCCCAGCUGAAGAUGAUGACGAUGACAGUUUUAUGGACUUUUCGGAUAAUUCGGCAUAUCUGAAACCGAGACAGCAACAUUGGGCGAAUAAGAUGCAGUUCGUUUUAGCCUGCAUCGGUUACUCUGUUGGGCUGGGCAACGUCUGGAGAUUCCCUUAUAUGUGCUAUAAAAGUGGAGGAGGCGUUUUCUUAGUACCUUAUUGCAUUAUAUUAGUUGUAUGUAGCGUACCGUUGCUGUUUAUGGAAUUGUCGGUGGGACAGUAUACCGGACGGGGUCCAAUUGGCGCACUGGGACAAGUUUGUCCGCUUUUUAAAGGAGCUGGCCUUGCAAGUGUGGUUGUAUCAUUUUUAAUGUCAACAUAUUAUAGCGUUGUAAUAGCUUAUUCCAUUUACUACUUCUUCACAUCAUUUAAAGAACAUAGCCCAUGGACUGACUGCAAUAAUAGAUGGAACACACCCGAUUGUUGGGUACCACGCCGAAGAGAUUUAAAUUUAACUGCCCCCGAUAUGUCCCGAACACCAUCUGAAGAAUUUUUUGAAAAUAAAGUUCUCCAAAUUAGUCCUGGAAUUGAAUUUCCCGGCAUAAUGAGAUGGGAACUCUUUGCUUGUCUCAUUUGUGCUUGGCUAAUGGUGUACUUUGCAACAUGGAAAUCAAUCAAAUCAUCAGGAAAGAAAUUCUCACAGGUCCGCUACUUCACAGCUACAUUUCCAUUCUUCUUGAUUGUUGUUCUAAUGAUUCGAGCAUUGUCUCUGGAAGGUGCUGAUGCAGGUCUAAGAUACUUCUUCCGACCAAAUUGGUCAGAAUUGAAGAAUGCUAAUGUUUGGAUAAAUGCUGCCUCACAGAAUUUCAGUUCACUUGGAAUUGCUUUUGGUUCUAUGAUAUCGUUUGCCAGCUACAAUAAAUAUAACAACAAUAUUUUAAGAGAUACUAUUGCUGUAUCGUUGGUAAAUGUCGUCACCAGUUUUUUGGUGGGAAUAUUUGCCUUUGCAACUCUUGGCAACUUGGCUCUGGAACAAAAUACAAAUGUACGAGAUGUAAUCGGCGAUGGUCCUGGGUUGAUAUUUGUAGUUUAUCCACAAGCUAUGGCCAAGAUGCCGUAUUCCCAAUUCUGGGGUAUUAUGUUCUUCUUUAUGCUACUCUGCCUCGGAUUGAAUACUCAAUUUGCGAUUGUUGAAGUUGUCGUCACGUCCAUUCAGGAUGGUUUCCCCAAUUGGAUCAAACGUAAUCUAGGGUACCAUGAGGUCUUGGUGUUCUUCGUUUGUUUGAUUUCAUUUCUAUUUGGACUGCCAAAUUUAAUACAAGGAGGAAUCUAUUUCUUCCAAUUAAUGGAUCAUUAUGCUGCCUCGAUAUCGAUAACAUUUUUAGCUUUUUGUCAAAUGAUUGCUCUUGCAUGGUUCUAUGGAACUGGAAGAUUAUCCAAGGAUAUCAAACAGAUGACUGGAAAGGCUCCGUCAUUUUAUUUGAGGUCGUGUUGGUUCUUUUGUGGACCAUUGUUGUUGUUUUCCAUUUGGAUUCUUAGUUUGAUAAACUACCAUGAACCAACUUAUCACAAUGGAAGAUACAAAUACCCAGAGUGGGCAUAUGCUAUGGGUUGGAUAUUUGCCUCGAUGUCAUUAAUUUGCAUUCCAGGAUAUGCAUUAUUGAACUUUUUACGAGCUCCAGGAAAUGAUAUUUGGGAGAAAUUUCUAAGUGCCAUCAAGCCAAACAUCUACGAAUGCAAAAUCUGUGGAGAACAUCAUUGUGAACAUGAUUAUCCAGAGCAGGAACUAUAUAUGCUGACACAUGACCUUCCAGUUUAUCCACAGGAAAAGGUCUAUUUGAAGCAACCUCCAGAGAAGAAAAUCCAUUUACAAAAUCCGCUGUUAAAAUCAGAUGAUAUAACAUCGCAGAUGGACGAAAAGAGAUAAGAGAUUUUCUUUUAUGAGAAAAAUUUAGUUCAUGUAUAUUCUAGGACUUCUUUAGAAGAUAUUUAACAUUCCAUAAUGAUUUUUCUGACUAUAAAGACAUAUUUAUCUUAAUUUGUUUAUUAGCAUAAAAACAUGUUACAUAGUAUUAUUUUAUCAUUUAAAAAAAAAAAACAAAGAUGCUAUAUUCGAAUCCGAGUUAAAUCAGUUGCAGGCAACUUUCAAACACAUUUUAAUGAAUAAGACCUCUGUUCAAGUAUUAGCUUUUAAUGUAGAAGCAGAUUGUAAAAUAUUAUAG